UGUCCCACACCCCUUCUUGACGAGUCUCUUUAUCCCAAUAAUAAUCGCGAUCUAGUUGACAGCAAGCAUCUACUUGCCUGGUGUGCGCUUGGAGUUAUGCCAUUUAUGAUCCUGCUGCUUAUCACCUUUAUGGUGCUUCCGAAGGAAACGACUGACCGUCACUACCUCACCACUAUUCCAAUACUUGCCAUUAUCAUCAUCAAUUUGGCAUGGCUUAUGACGUUUUCUUCAUCACAAAAAUACUGUCAAGACCCGAUCACCCCAGGCGACAUAAGUUCCGACUCUUUCUGUGGGCCUAGUAUGAGCUUGCUUCUCUUGGGAUGUUUCAUCUUACUCAUCAGCUGCUUCUUUCGAUCAGUCGCCCUCCAUAUCUUCGUCUGCUGGGAGGUUAAACCUGGGAGGCUAUUCCGAAUUAUCUCCUUGACGGUAAUAUUUGUCGGCUCAGUCGCAUUCGUUGCAAUUGCUCUUACUAUGACGGGCUUAGCUUAUGAAUAUGGCAAGAUUUGCUACUUGCUACCUAACCAUGAUCGAGAGACUCUUUGGGUACCUGUAUUAGCAAUCAGUGUCUCUGCACUGUUCUUACAACUCAUUACGAUGACGUACUGCAGCUAUAUUGUGGUCAAGUCUUUACUACAGGACAGAAAC